AUGGGUGAAAUCGGUACGAAUCUGCUCCUGCAGAGGAUAGCUGAACAAGCCCGCGAACAGAGAAUGAUACGCGACGCAGCACUGGAGAACAAAUUCCGAAAGCUGCCCAAUCCAACGUCGCACAGAAACGACAAACUGGUGCACAACCUGUCGUCAAAGGAGCUGACGAAGGAUCAGAUGCAGGUUUUAAGGCACGAAGCUUCAUUCAACACGACUGACGCUAAACCUGUUAACAUGAUUGCAGCAGUGGAAUCAAUUCUUAGUCAGACGGAGGCAACGGAGGAGACCAAGAACCUCAUCCGACACCAAGUGUCGUCGGCUUACUAAAGGACCGACAGUUCUAUGUCCCAUGUGCAACGAACCCUGUAAAAGCGCUGACACGCGAAAUCAAUGCUGCGUUGUUGGCCUUGGAGAACUCAGGUGCAAUAACACCGACCGACAGACGCAUGGCGAGACCCCAAGAUACGGCUUUGGCCCGAUUCUAUGGCCUCCCUGAGGUGCACAAAGACGGCGCUCCUCUCCGACCCAUCGUAUCGCUCAAAGGGACUCCAACGUACGGACUGGCUAAGUGGCCGUUCCGGCGUCUCAAGUUCCUGACCGCUGAGUCAGACACCACGGUCUCUUCGUCAGCAGAAUUCCUGGAGAAACUCAAAGGGGUAAGCCUCCAUCCAAAUGAGGUCAUGGUAUCUUUUGAUGUUACAUCCAUUUUUACUUCUAUUCCCCAGGACCUGGCGAUCGAGACAAUUGAGCUGCUACUACAAAGCAAAUACGAUGAAACGGAGAACCGUCUUGGACACGCCCAAAUCCUUCAGCUCCUGAAGUUCUGUCUCAGGACGUACUUCACUUUCAACGGGACAAUAUACGACCAGGUGAAGUGCACACCGAUGGGUUCGCCGAUUUCUGGGUUCAUCGCCGAGGCGGUCCUGCAACGGUUAGAGUCGCUGGUCUUCCAACACCACAAACCGACGUUCUGA